CUCCUCCCUCUGUUUGUUUCUUUGAUAAACUUACAGCCCUAAUUUUAUUAUCUCUUCUUCAUCUUCCUGAAAAUAUCCAACAAUGGCAGAAGCUGUGAUGAGCUUCACAAUGAUCAAACCUCAAGCAUCUAAGUUGGACCAUCUUUCCCCAUUUUCAUCCAGACCAAUGAAGCAGUGUUUGAGAUCAAACUUCGGCGGUGGUCUGUUGCAAAAGAAGAGAAACAAGAUGGAAGUGAAGGCUUUGCCGUUGCCGGAAAUAGUGCAUAUAGAUUGGUCAGUUUUAAUGGCAGUAAUGGUUGAACACUCAGAAGGAAAAAGGGAUCUCAUAACCCACAAAUCCAUUUGGCAUCUCAACGACAUAGCCAUCAAGAAAGUUUAUACUUUCUAUAUAAUGUUCACUGUUUGGGGAUGCUGUGUAUUUGGUUCCACAAAAGAUCCAUAUUAUGAUUCAGAACACUAUAGGAAAGAUGGAGGAGAUGGUACUGGGCACUGGGUUUAUGAAAAGCAAGAGGACAUUGAAGAAUCUUCAAGGGCAGCAUUGUGGAGGGAAGAACUGAUUGAGGAAAUUGAGCAGAAGGUUGAAGGGAUCAGGGAGCUUGAAGAAGCUGGUGUUUCUAAGAAAUAAUUUUUAUUACCAACCCCCUUCCCUUUUUCUUUUUAAAUGUAUAUAUAUACAAUUUAUUUUCCUUAAAAUCAAGUUCUAGUUAUACAAUACAUGGAAGUUCAAUUAUGUAGUUGGUUAUAACUCAUACUCAAAUAUUCAUCAUAAUCUAUGUUU